UAAAAAAGGUGCUUCAUAAGCUCAUUUGAUGCCAUAGAAGUACCUUUUAGUUCCACAAAGAACCUUUAACAUGCGAAGAACCUUUCUGUUUCCCAAAAGGUUCUUUGUGGCGAAAAAAAACCUUCUUCAUAUUAAAAAGUAAGAAAGAGAUGGUUCUUUAAAGAACCUUUGGCUUAGUGGUUCUUUGUGGAACCAAAAUUGGUUCUUCUAUGACAGCGCUGUGAAGUUUCCAUGUGCUCUCCAUCUCAGAGCUGUUUAAGACAAUCUUUUUCAAUCCAGGGCCGCAGUGUCCAUUAGGGCGAGACAAGAUGUCUUAAAGGGAAAGUUCAACCAAAAACUUACCAUUUAUUCAUUAUGAUGUCAUUUCAUACCUGUGUCAUUUUUUUAUCUUUUAGAUUUCUGUCAUUUGUUUGGGGGGGCAAGAGUUUUAGCCAAAAAUGCUGGGUAAUUUCUAACACAUGUUGCAUGAGUCUAAAACAGGACAAACCCAACUGUUAGGUUAAAUUAACCUAAUCUAUGUGAGCAAUGUGAACAUGUGAACUAUAGAUUGAAACAACCUUUGGCUAAAUCGACUGUAUUCCUUAAGUCAUUUAAAGUUAUUUAAACAUGACAUCUGCUAAAUGCUCACACAUGCAUUUCUAACUACAGUAUGUAUGGGUGUCAGGAAGAACGUUCAUAGCACUCAAACACACAGAGAUUCAUUUACCUAUCUCUCAUAUGAACAGGAAGAGAUGAAGGGUGUGGCCCAUCAUGCAACUCUAAAAGCUGACUUUCAGUCUUUUAUCAUUGCAUUCACUUUGCUAGACGACAAAAUGGAAGGGUUCCUGAACACAGGAGAGUUUUGUUGCCCAAUUUGUCUGGAUCUGCUGAAAGACCCUGUGGCAAUUCCAUGCGGGCACAGCUACUGCAUGGACUGCAUUAACAACUACUGGCACAAAGAUGAGGAGAAGAAAAUCUUCGACUGUCCCCAGUGCCGACAGACAUACAGUCCCAGACCUGUUCUCAACAGAAAUACCACACUGGCAGAGAUGAUGGAGAAGCUGAAGAAUCUGGAAGUACCAGACAACUCUCACAUUUACAGCAACAACCUGCCAGGGGACGUAGCCUGUGACUUCUGCAUCAAAAGCAAGCAAAAAGCUGAGAAGUCUUGUUUGGUGUGUUUGGCGUCUUACUGUCAAAACCACCUUCAGUCGCACUACAGCUCACCUGUGUUGAAGAAACACAAGCUGAUCGAUGCCUGCGUGAACCUGCAGGAGAAGAUCUGUCCUCACCAUAACAAAUGUUUGGAUAUUUAUUGCAGAAGCGAUCAACAGUGUAUUUGUCUUUUGUGUGUGAUGGACGAGCACAAAGGUCACGAUACGGUUUCAGUGGCUGCCGAGAGCGCAAAGAAACAGAAAGAGCUUGAGACCACACGACAAAACUACACGCUGAAGAUCCACAGUAAGGAGAAAGAACUGCUGGAGCUUCAACAGGCUGUGGACUCCCUCAAAAGCUCUGCGCGGUCUGCUGUGGAGAACGGUGAGCAGAUCUUCAAGGAGGUGAUGCAGUCUAUCGAGAGGAGGUGGUGUAAGUUCAGAGAUCUCAUCAGAGAUCAAGAGAGAGCCGCCGAGAGCAUGCUGCAGACUCUUGAGCAAGAAAUCACUGAACUCAAUCAGAAACGUCACGAGCUGGAGAUCCUUCUGGAGUCUGAAGAUCAGAUCCAUAUUCUCCAGAACUGUUACUCAUUUUCUUCCUCUGGACUUCCCGAUCAACCCUUCACAAUAGCCACGCUCUCUGACUUUGGGAAGGUGAACGAUGCGAUCUCGGCUCUCAGGAUGAAGCUCGAAGACGUCUUUAAGGGUGAAUGGCUCAGGAUCUAUCAAGCCGCCAGAUCAAUGAAGAUCCUCCAUUGCACGGUGCCCAGGAUUAGAUCAGAGUUUCUCUACCAUUCCUGUCCACUGCAACUAAAUCCUUUAACAUCCCAUAAGGACUUGAGUUUAUCUAAGGAGCACCGAGAAGUGACGGUGCGGAGCCGGGUGCAGUCCUGUCCCGACCACCCUGAGCGUUUUGAUUACUGGUGCCAGGUGCUGUGCACAGAGGGCCUGACGGGCUGCAGCUAUUGGGAGGUGGAAUGGAGAGGAAUGGGUGUAAACAUUGCCGUCGCCUACAAAAACAUUGCCAGGAAAGGGGAUGGCGGUGAAGCUCACUUCGGCUACAAUGAUAAAUCCUGGAGUUUGUUUUGCUAUAGGAAAGGGUACGCUUUCUGGCACAAUGGGAUCAUCCGCAAGAUCCUUCAGCCCGCUUCGUCGACCAUAGGGGUGUAUCUAGAUCACAGGGCAGGGACGCUGGCAUUUUACAGCGUGGGUGACACCAUGAGUCUGCUGCACAGAGUUCAGACCACCUUCACACAGCCUCUCUAUCCUGGCUUUGCGUUCUCCUGUUAUGGAGCUUCUGUUAAGUUUCGUCAGUUGGAGUGAAGAGGAAGGCGGUCGUGGGUUUGUAAAUGCAGUCGUUGUGAAAUAUACCAUUUAAAAUAUUUAAAGAGUUUGUUUCAGAAAUGAGAUAACGUGUUCAAAGAGCAUGUUUUUUAUUGUGCAUUCCUCUUAAUAUUAAUGAAACUGCAGUUGGUUGGUUUUGGUUUAAGCCAUAAUAACUCAAAAUAAUACAUCUAACUAACACAAUGAUUAUUUUUCAACCAAAAUAAAUGUAUUUCCAUUUUA